AUCCGGAAGUUGGCAAGUAAACAACAUGGCGGCCAAGUGACAGAUUUUGAAACUUCGUUUUUAAAAUAAAUCCACUUAAGCUGAGCUUGUAAACAUUUCAAGUGCAAGAUACUUGCAAAUUAAGGAUUUUGACAAUUUCAACACUUUUCGCUGAUUUUAAACUUAAAUUUCAUAGCAAUGUCCUCUGAAGAUGAAGAGCCUGUUAAAGCCUCUGGCCCUCAUGAUGCAGAUGCCUCCAACAACAGCGAGGACUUUGGUCGUUUUAACCAGGACAACUCCUACCAUUACUCUUAUGGUCAGGGUAGAAAACAUGAGAUAACAUUCUCCCCUGAAGCAUCUAAAGAGUGGAAGAACAUGACCAUGUCACCAGGCUCAGAGGAUCCUGGGAGACUGCGAAUAGAAAACAACCAGCUUAAGUUACAGAUGAAACAGAUCUCAUCUGAUUUGCAGGCAGAGCAGGAUACUGUUUCAAGCCUCAGGAAAAGAUUAAACUCAGUUGAAAGGGACAGGUUAGAAACAGCAACAAAGGCCAACAAAGAGGUAUCUGAACUUGAAAGCCAAAUUGCCAAGUUACGUGCCAAUGUCGAAAAAGGAGAGGCAGCUAAGGCCAAUAUUGAGUUUGAACUGACAAGAACCAAGCGUGACCUGGCACAACAGAAACAAUCUGCAGCAGGCAGGGAGCAGGCCUUUGAGCAGGCUAGCACUGAUCUGAAACAGAAGCUGUCAGAGUAUGGAGAUGAGAUCAAGCGACUAGAGGAAUCGCUUCACCACGCCAGAGAAAGUGCAGAGGAAAGAGAACGCCAGCUCAAACGUGAAAUUGAACUCAAGGAUGCUGAGCUGUUUAAGGGGUCCAAUGAGCAGGAGCAGUGGAAGGCAGAGAAUGAGAAGGCUACCUCCCAGCUUCAGCAGCUCGAGAGCUCAAUGGCCAGUUUGAAAGAGAGGUUAUCAGACAUGGAAUCUGAGUUGAAGCACAAGACUGAUCAGCAGCGACGGACCGUGACUGAGUUCGACUACUGCAAAGAACGAGAGGAGAGAACAAAAAAAGAACUGGAGUCAGCACUACAGAGGCUAAGAGCGAUUGAGGAAAGUAUUGAGUCAGAGAGAGCCGCCCAUCUAGAGACCAAGUUUAACUCUGAAAUUGUCCAGUUGCGAGUUCGAGACCUGGAGGGUGCCUUAGAUGUUGAGAAGUCUGCCAACAUUGAGGCAAACAAGGCUAUUGACAGGCUCUCAAAACAGAUCAAGGAGUUAGAGACUUCUUAUGAAGAUGAACGGAAGACGAACAAGCAAUUGUCGGAGAAACAUUCCAGGUUGGAGAAGGAGCAUGUGAACGUUCGUAAGCAGCUGAUGUCGGAGGUGGAGAACAAGAAGAGCACGAUAGGCAGUCUGUCCAAGGAGCUGGAGGUGCACCAGAAGAACUUCAUAGAGCUCAAGGAGGAACUCUCCAAGGCUCGCAAGCGUCAGAUCUUCCUAGAGGAGACGUACGGGGGCAGUAUGAGGGAGCUAGAGCUACUGCUGCAGAACUUCCAAAUGGCAGAGGACAUCAAGCCUAAGAAACAGAGCCAGACUAAGGGAAAAGAAAAGGUCAGCAAAAAUCCUGCGCCAUCGAUUGUGCUCGAGAACUUGAGGCUGACAUUGUCUGACUACCGCAAACGUCUGGACCAGACAUCAGAAGAGCUGACCAAGAUGAAGAAGUCCAGUGGGUCCCUGAGCAAGGAGAUGGAGCAAUGCAAGGAGAUGAUCUGGGCCAAGGACAAGUCCCUGGAGGACGCACAGAAGAGUUACACGCGCACCGCCAAGGAGCUCAACCGCGUGCGGUCAGAGUAUGGGGAGCUAGAGACCCUCCUCACCAGACUCAAGGUGGACAUGCAGAGCACAGCUACCAAUCAGAGCAAGGAUAGGACCCGCAUACAAGAACUGUCUGAAGAGAUUAUGAAACUGGUGAAAAAGCAUAAAACAGAUGAAGAGGAGAAGCUAGCAUUCCUGCAUGGACUGUAUCAGCGGCUGCUGGCAGGGAAGAUUGUCGUGGCAAGCAAAGAGAAGACGUUUAACCAGUUCUCGUGGCACGACCUCACCAACAUGGUGUACGACCAGGUGGCCACCCUUAUCAAUAACCUGCAGAAUGCAGAGGAGAAGAUCACCCACCUGGACGAGUGCCUGCGGGCGCGUGAGGAGGGCCUCAAAGAUGAUCACCUGAGCCACGAGGACCAGAUGAACAAGCUGACCACCCUCACCAAAGAGCGCGAGCUCUCCUGGCAGAAACAGAAACAGGAGCUGGAGGACCACUACCAGCAGAUGCUCACCGAGAUGCAGGCCAGGAUCAAGAAAAGCCAGAGUGUGGCUGACCAGGCUUGGGAGAAGAUCCGUACGACCGGCAGCGUACAGCAGGGGCUAGAGGCUGAGUGCUCAGACCUGCAGGGCAAACUGACCGACGCCCACCAGCAGAACACAGCCCUACUGGCCUCCUGCUCACUCCUGAUUGGUGCGUUCUACCCAUUGUGUGCCCGAGCAAACAACUUGGCGUGUCAGCGACGGAUUAUGGAGGAUCAGCUGAAUAAUUGGGACGUCUGUAGGGAGAGGGUGGAGCUACUGGUACACACAUUGACGUCCGAGAUGAACAAGGCUGACGGGAAACAAAGGGAGAGCACACUGCCAAAAAGGAGUCCUAUGUUGAUGUUUAGGACUGGGGCCAUAGCUGUAUUGGCAGCCAAUAGAUUGAAGAGGAUUGGAAGUGAAAGCACCUGUACAUUUGUAACCCAUGACUCGGCAACUGGCCAUAACAACAUCUUGGUUUGCACAGGAAGCUCCGACAGCCCUGUUAGAGAUACUGACGAAGACCGUUACCCAGGCCACAGUGCCCCUGGUGAGACGGGCCUCCUCCAUUGGCUGACCAGCCCUGAGCUCCUGCACACACUCACCUCCAGUACAUCCGAACUCAUGGAGACCAUGAACCAGGUGAAGGGCAAAGACAGAAUGGGGUCUGUAGAGACCCGUGCUGUGGUGAACGCAGCCCGUAACUCCUUCACGCGUCUCUUUGACCGCCUGGGUCGCUACUAUGAGGGUGUGGCCAUACGGGCAGACAUAGGGUUCCGGGAACGCAACUCCCUUGUGAGACUGCUGGGAAGGGGGCUCAAUAGGGCCCUCAAGGACAAGACAGCCGAGGAUAUGGGGCCAGCUUCUCCACAGGAGCUGAUGAUAUCUCUUCAAAGCCACAUUCUGGAGUUCACGCAGCGUCUGCACAGUGUGGAAGUGGAGAGGCGUGGCCUAUUGCAGGAGGUGGGCAGGCUACAGGCUGAGCUGGAGCGACUGGGGCCUGAGAAGGAGGAGCUUCUCUCAGAGGGGGCGGAGAUAGCUGUCACACAACAGGGUAACAAGUAUGUUUCAAUGGACAAGUUUGAGAGCGUGUGCAUGGAGCUGAACAAUGCACUGAAGCGUGAAGAGCAGGCCCAGCAACUCCUGCAGGAACAGAGCCGACAGAUGGAGGAUUUGUCCUCCCGCAUGGACAUCUUCUCCUCUGAGGGCAUUGAGAAGGAACAGACACUCACUGAGGCCAUACAGGGCCUGGCAGAGACCAAGCUAGAGUUGCGAAGGAAGGAGCAGACAGUACGUCAGGUUAACAAGCAGCUGUCAAGUCUUGAGGGAGAGAAAGAAUCGCUGCAGAAUAACCUACAGGACGCGGAGAAGGCACUGAGAACUGUUGCCAAGGAUAAGGAAAUUCUGACUACAUACAUUCAAACUGUGGAAUCAGCUUUGAAUAGGGUGAAGAACGAUGUAGGCACCAAGUCUGGGAGAGAUGUUUCACUGUCCAAGCUUCUGCUCAAUGCAGAGUUCAUCCCCAAAGAUGUUGGUAAAGCUGGGCCUGAGCUGAUAGCCUGUCAGAACCUGGUUGGAGCGUUUGUGGACACACAGCACCACCUGGUGUCUCGGAUUAAGGCCAUGGAAGAUGAGAUGGCUGAAGGUCGUCGUCAUGUCAACCUGCUCAAACAGGAACUGAGCGACGCCGUCAGGAGGGAAAAUGAACAAUUUGAGUAUUCCCCUCCCAUGAAGGACAGAUUUAAUGGACAACGAACUAUUGAAGAGGAGGCUAUGCUAGACCAUGAUUUCACAGAACGAGAAUUCAUGCCAUUGAGGGAAGAUUCUGAGAUAUCAUUCAAUGCCAGUCGCAGGUCAAGGCCAUCACCAAAGAAAGCAGACAGUUUUGGUGUGCAUUUUUGAGUAAUUCGCAAGAUCAGGCCAGUUUGCAACUCCUACCAAGUCCAGUAGGAACAGCAACAGACUGCAGGCUGCGCGGAGAUAGUAGUUAGUCGCCAUAGAAUCACAAAAACCAUUGGCAUGAGGAUACUAUAGCAACAUGGAAAUACAGCAACCAAAGCAACUAAAAAACAUGGCAACAUCAGCACUAUAGCAACAUAAAGACUUGAAAGUAUUGAUAACUUGUUAUCCAUAAUUACCAUAGAACUAUAGAAACUUUGAAACCAUAGCAAUAUAAACAUCAUAGCUUCUUUAAAAGCUUGACGACCAUCAGCAACAAUAAAAUUUGAAAACUUCAAAUUCAUAGUAUCUCUGCAGCCAAAGCAACUUAGAUACUUGAGGCAAGAAAACAUUAGCUAUAUAGAGACCAUUUGGGUAAAGACAUUUGAAAUGGUUCUUCAAAAUCUCAAGUUACCAUAUUUUUCAUACUUGUUCAUAGUUCACAUAAAUAUGUGAAUUUUGAUGGUCACAGUUGUUGUAUCAGCAUAUGUCCAUUCAUUGUAAAGAACAUUGCCAUGAGGUCUUCACCAUUAAUGACUUUGGUAUGAGUUUUGAGUUACUGAUAAAAAUGCAGUUUGAGUUGAUAGCCUAUUCGUCUAUAGUAUGUAGUAUAACAUUGAUAAUGUAUACCUGAAACUUGGCUCUUAAGAUAUAAUUUUAGAAUACAGAUAUAUUUUUAUGCAAUUCUGCACAAUACAUUUUAUGGCUUUAUUUUUUUACCUUAAGAUAAUCAAUGAUUUAUGUGAACUUUUUUAUGACUAUUGGCACCAUUUUGUUUUUUAUAGCAUCAUCAUGUUUAUAAAUGCAAUGAUAUCUCGUACAUUCAGUAGUAUCACAUAUCCAUGGUUCGAAUUUCUUGUAAGUUAUGGUAGUUUGUCUCCAAUUAAAGUGUAAAUAGAAGUAAUAGCUCACUUCACUGCACUGAAGUCCCAGAAGUGGUUAUAGUUUAUUGUUAUACACUGUAUUAUAGAUUUUAUUGUAAUUUGUGUUUUGUAUAUACACAUAUGUACAUUAAUGUAAACAUUUUAUAUUUAUAUAGCAUAACUGUGAUUUGUUUAAGGUGCCUAGUUAGAAAUUGAAGGCACAUAUUUACUUGUUAUACAAUUUUCCAGUUUCAUGUAAAGGCCCACCAUUGCUAAAAAAUAAAUUUGAUUAAUAAGGAAGCACUAUUUCAAAGACACAUUUAUUUGCGAAAAGUAUAUAGCACCAGUAAAUAAAACAGGAAUAAAACAGCAUUAAAUAAAUGCUUGGUUCAAACGUAAACACAAAAAUUAGACAUAUUUAGGAAUAAUUGACCAGUCGUAUAUGUUUGUAUCUACCUUGUAGUUUUGAUGUUCAAUUAUUUAUGUAAAUGCAACACAGUAAACAUUGAUUUUAUGGUCUUUUUUAAAUGUUACUUUUGUGACAACUGAUGUUUACAAAUAAUUUUUGUGGUGAAACUAUAUUAGAGUGUCAUUAAUUUGUUAUUGCAGUUUCCUAACCUGAGAAUGAAUUGCUGUGUUGAAAUUAACCUGGUUUUAAUGGGGUUUGUAAUAACUUAAUUUUGUACGAUACACAUUAUAACUACACAUUCAUUUAAUUAUAUGCUUUUAUAAAAAAAAAAGUCAGAAUGGGUCAUAUUCAACUUCAAUACCAUAUGUCAAUAUCGGUGGAUAUCACAACGUUUUGGCAUUUAUAUUUUCAAUACUUUUAUUGCAUUUAGAAUACUAUUGCCAUAUGUUAUUUUCCAUUAAAUGUAUUUUUCACAAAA